GCUCAAAGCUAUGAAUACUGCUUUCAAACUCUGGGACCAACUGGCCUACAAAAGAGCGAGGACUGACCUGAGACGGGGCAUCAUAAGAGCCAAGCACAAUUACCAACUGCGCAUCCAGGAGUACUUCAACCAAAAUAACUCCAAAGGCAUGUGGCAAGGAAUAAAAUCACUCACUGGAUAUGUUGGCACAUUCACAACAGCCACAGACAGAACUCACCCAGACACACUGAAUCAUUUCUUUGCUCGCUUUGACCAUAAGAAUAACACCAACCCGGAGGCCACCAGCCAGCCUAGAUGUGCGAAUGAGGACACCCCAAUUCAGCUUCACCCAAACCAGGUUCGAUCUGCUUUGUGCAUAAUUAAUACCAGGAAACCUCCUGGAUCAGAUGGGGUUGCCAGACGUAUUCUCAAGGUCUGCGUGGACCAGCUGGCAGGAGUGUUCACCACA